AAUGGAUAUACACCAUCCAUAUAGAAAAGGAUGCAAAGUUUUUGUUAUUUUGUGCGUUACAGGUGCAUUCUGUUCACUGUCUAAUAUAUUAUAUUUCGUUUAUACAAGAAAAAGAGAGCAAUCCGAUUUUCCAGACAUUGGGAAAAAUGGACGAGACGAACUACCGAACCUGGGGAAUCACAAUAUUCGUCUCUUUUAUAAUCAAACGUGGUUAUCACUGUUAAGUCAUGGCUACUGGAGGCCUAAGUAUGUACCUUUAGAUGAUAAGGACAUUGUAAUAAGCAAUUUAAAACGAAUAAGGAAGAAAAAGAUGAUAUUCUACAGUGACACUUCAACGUGUGGACACGGUAGUCUUGGUUAUAGAUCAAUUUGUGAUCCAAAAGACAAAAAAGGAUGUUGCAAAGAAAGCACAUGUCAAGAUAUUCCUUUGAAAAAUUGUACAUGUUCGACAUGUUUUGACGAACGGUUGCGGAUCUUUCCGGAGUUCCACGAGUGGACACCGUAUGAUAUUAACAUGGGCAAUAAUGUACGAGGUGAUCAUAUAUGCGCUGGGUUACGGCUUUUAAAUGUGUCAUCAAUGGUUACACUUGGCGAUUCUUUAAUAAGACAAGUAACUGAACGGAUGUGGAGGCGAGUUUACAAAGGACCCGUGACACAUUUACUAUAUGAGGACUCAAAUAAAGGUAGUUUUACAUAAAUUAUAGAUUUAACAAGAUUAGUGUAUAACGGUUCUAUUAAAGGGGAGCACCACCAUGGUCACAUGAUCAGUCGUGUGGAGGUAAGCUCCCAGUUGAAAUAAAAGCACUGUCUUCCUUUGGUUUAUGUGAAAAGUAGCUAAUACCCUCAUGUAUUGGUCAGUUUGUGUGUCACACGACUAAUCCACACCAUAUGCUUCAUUCAACAUAUUUUAUGCUAUUAAGCUGCAUAUAUAUAAACUUUGCAGUAAACGUACUACUGGAU